AUGCCUUCUGCUGAUUCCGGAGGGCUGGCCCAGCUGACAGCCGCAGAGUUGGAGUUCAUUGCCGAGGAUGCGCUCAUCGAGAUCGUUCCCAAAUUCAAACACGGCCCGCUGCAUCUGAUCCAAGGCGACUUCGGUCCCUUCGUGCCACAGGCACGGGCGAAGGUGCCGCUGUGGCUGGCUAUCACCCUCAAGAAGAGACAGAAGUGCCAGAUCGCGUGCCCCUCCUUCAUGUCGGUGGGCUACCUGGAGCAAGUGCUCCGGAGAGAGAGAGAGGACGCCGCGGUCUUCACUCCCCUGCCGCACCACUACCUGGAGAUCGCGAGCCUGCUGCUCAACACGGCGUCUGACGACAUCGAGGAGCCGGAUCGCGUGCGAACGCUCUUGGAAGACGUGGAGAACGUUCGUCGAGCGAAGAUGUACGAGGGUAUGGGCUCCGCGGCCCAGGAAGUCCAGCAAGCCGUCAAGGUUAACGACCUGGGUGCGAUGGAGCUGCUCCCGGUGCGAUCCUUCUUCGCCGAAGCGCUCGCCAGCCUCUACGUCGUGUCCGGGCAGAAGUCGGCCGAUCACCGGGCGAGGGAUCUCGAGGAAAAGAUGCCUGCCACCCGUGCGAGCGGCGGCGGCGACGACAACGCGGGCGGUGGGGGCGGGGACGAUGACGUCGGGGCUGCCGCUGCGGGGUUGGGUUCUGUGGAGGCGGCGGCGGCAGGGGGCGGAGAAGAGGAGGAGCCGUUGCGACCGAGGAGGGUGCGGAGGUUCCGGAGCUGAUGCUGCCGCUGCUGCUGGUGGUGUCAUGGCUUGGAUACCAUUACGAGGAAUGGCCUCGCUUUUUGAGACUCUGUGGGCCGUAUCUUGAAUCAUUGACGCGGGUCGCGAUAAACUGGUUUGAUUUUCUGGGGCUGGCGAUUAAUGGGGAUUUUUCACAGCUCCCUGAAGAAACACUGCGGUACCUUGUUUCGCUUUUGAGAUAACGUUUUCGCGGUUGGGGCGUUCGUCUAUGCCUUCCCACAUGCAGCGGCAGUCCUACUGCUGUUACCUGAGGUUGAUAAUAACAUUUUCUCAGUUUUGACUGCUGUUCGGGGUACUUCCGGUCGUUUCCGCGAAAGCGUGCUUUAUGGUGUUUCUCUACUGUUUACUCUAGUGUGCAUGUUGCUGUAGCGGUGUAGUAGGGAGCGAGACCCGAAUAGACUACGAGGUGGGAGCUGGAAAGAGUCUGGAGUUUUAAUCAUUGCAUGCGCGCGGUCCCGGAUCAGGGCUUGCUUGGUGGCGGAGUUUGAUG